GUUGAGGUUUUUUUUUUUUUUUUUUUGUUAUAAAGAAGAGGGCACUGCAGCACCUUCAUAAGAACUUAGAACUGCAUUUGUUUGAUUUAGUUACGAAACUGUGUUCUUAUCUAAAAUGUCAAGAACCUCGCAGGUUGUAACAUGCAAAGCUGCAAUAUGCUGGGGCCUAGGGCAACCUGUUACAGUGGAAGAGAUACAAGUUGACCCACCAAAAGCAACUGAAGUUCGAGUGAAGAUGAUUUGUUCCAGUUUAUGCCACACAGACAUAACAAGCAUUCAAGGAUUCCCACAUAUGAAAUUUCCUCGAGCACUUGGGCACGAAGGAGUUGGUGUGGUGGAGAGUGUUGGUGACCAAGUGACAACCCUUAAAGAGGGCGAUGUGGUGAUCCCGACAUACAUAGGCGAGUGUGAAACAUGUGAGAAUUGUGUUUCCGGACAAACCAAUCUAUGUCUGACACACCCUGUGAGUUUAACUGGUUUACUACCAGAUGAUACUUCAAGGAUGUCCAUCAGAGGACAGAGGCUAUACCAUGUUCUAAGUUGUGCUACAUGGUCAGAAUACAUGGUUAGUGAUGUCAAUUACGUUCUCAAAGUCGAUCCAACCAUCGAUCCAACCCAUGCCAGUUUCAUCUCAUGUGGGUUUUCAACUGGAUUUGGAGCUGCUUGGAAAGAAGCCAAGGUUGAAAGUGGGUCCAGUGUAGCUGUUUUGGGUCUUGGUGCUGUUGGAUUAGGGGCUAUAAGCGGAGCCAAAUUUAUGGGAGCAGCUAAGAUAAUUGGAAUUGACAAAAACGAGAAGAAGAGGGAAAAAGGAGAGGCUUUUGGAAUGACCCACUUCAUAAAUCCUACUGAUUCUGCUAAAUCUGUUUCAGAAUUGGUUAAGGAAGCAACUGGUGGAAUGGGUGUGGAUUAUUCCAUUGAGUGCACCGGAAUUCCUCCUUUGCUUACUGAAUCAUUGGAAGCCACAAAAGUGGGAACGGGUAAAACAGUAGUAGUUGGAAUACCAGCAGAACCUACUGUUCCUUUGGGUAUAAUAACCAUUCUUUUGGGCAGAACUUUGAAAGGUUCAGUUUUUGGGGGCCUAAAAGUUAGAUCUGAUCUGUCCAUAAUUGCUGACAAAUGCCAGAAAAAGGAAUUCCCUCUUGAAGAACUACUGAGCCAUGAGGUCCCGUUAGAAGAUGUUAAGAAAGCAUUCGAGAUAUUGAAGGAGCCCAAUUGUCUGAAAAUUGUCAUCAAGAUGUCGCAUUGAUGACAGAAUAAGAGACAAAGGCUUCAACAGAGUGCAGACAUUCACAUGUAACUCUGACAUUUCUAUAAGAGGAUACUACUAACAUGUGAUACAGAAUUAUCUCUGCAACAAAUAAAAAAUAGUGGUGUAGAGCACCACUCUUUUAAAAAUA